AAUGCAAAUGCAAUUUAUAUUUAUAUUGGCCCCGCUAUUUUGCCGGCCCCGGUACCUUAUACGCCGUCGUUUUGGGUGUGCGACUACUGUCACCACUCUUCAUUCGUCGGUUACUAAAAACACUAAUUCUCUCUCUCUCUUCGUCUUCUUCACACUGAGUUGACUGAGUCUUCCUAACUCGCUCACUACUCUCUCAGCUACUCAUCGCAUUCUUUGCAUUUUUGCUCCGAUCACUCUCUCUUUCCUUAAAUCAUCAUUUGACUAAAGCUGUCAGGUAUGUCAGAGAAAGCUCUUAGAGAUCUCAAUACAACUCUUGGAACUGAAAGGAAGAAUGAGGACUCCAGUAAGGCAUGCUUAACCAAGCCCUCUGUAGACAAUGCAGAUGAAAAUAUUGAAGAACGGCAAAAGAAAAAGACUUCAUCCUCCUUGGUUUCUCCAGCUGUUAAUGGAAAUGAGAUUGUGACUGUUAAUUCUGGUGCAGAGGUUGUAAAUGCAGAAGUAGAAUACAUUGAAUCUGAGAACUUGAAUGAUCUAGAAGAUAUUGAUACUUGUCUCAAGACCCUUCUAGCUGGACUUGACUCAAAGGAUUGGGUCCUGGUUUGUGAUACACUAAAUAACGUACGGCGGUUAUCUAUAUUUCAUAAGGAAGCAAUGCUUGAUAUGCUGGGAGAUGUGAUCACAUCUAUUGCAAAGUCCUUGAAAAGUCCUAGAAGCGCUGUUUGUAAAACAGCGAUUAUGACAUCUGCUGACAUUUUCAGCACAUAUAAUGAUCUCAUAAUAGAUUCACUAGAUCCUCUGCUGGUACAACUUCUUCUCAAGGCUUCACAGGACAAACGCUUUGUAUGUGAGGCAGCUGAGAAAGCCUUGAUAUCAAUGACUACAUGGAUUUCCCCUAUUUCUCUAUUGCCAAAAUUGCAACCAUAUCUUAAGAACAAGAAUCCUCGUAUCCGUGCAAAGGCAUCUAUGUGCUUUUCUCGAAGUGUUCCACGACUGGGCGCAGAAGGCAUAAAGACAUAUGGGAUUGACAAAUUGAUCCAAGUAGCCGCAUCGCAGUUGAGCGACCAGCUACCUGAGUCCAGGGAAGCAGCUCGAGCUCUACUUCUUGAGCUUCAAAACGUGUAUGAGAAAUUUCAUGAUCACAUGGCAUCUGCUGUCAACGAGCACACUAUCGAUGAUCACACUGUCAAUGAUCACACUGUCAAUGAGCACACUGUUAAUGAUCACACUGUGAAUGAGCACACGGCUAAUGAUCAUACUGUGAAUGAGCAUCCAGAGAUGAGUUCUUGGGAAAGCUUCUGUCAGUCAAAACUUUCUCCUCUAAGUGCACAAGCUGUACUUCGUGUGACCAGCAUCGCCCGGGAAGGUCUUGUUUCAUGACACGCGCAUCAAAUUCAGUUAGAGGACUUAUUCGUUUCCUGGUUUGCCUAUCAUUUUCUUCUGUAAAUACAGUGCGCGACAAUUGAGAUGAUUGAGUUGUGGUCGAAGCACGUAUUGAGCCCAAGAUUUAUAAUGUAUUAUUUUCGUCCUAGCUGUGGUUACCUAUAUUACCUUUGAUUAUCAUUAAUAUUUGAUAGAUAUAUAAAUUUCCUUAAUUGUUUGUCGUUA